CCAGGGCAUGAGGUGGGUGAGGGCAACGGCAGAUGUCGGACGAGUCCCGACCACUUUCCAAGUAUUGAUUCAGGCUACGAAGAACUUUGCUUCAUCUGGUGUGGUUGCCGUCGACGAUGUCUCGUUCAUCAACUGUGGGCUGCCUCCCAUUCAGCAGACCUGUGCUGUGAACAAAUUCCGCUGUAACCGGGGCUCGUGCGUGGACAACAGCCAGCUGUGUGACUUCACUGACGACUGCGGAGACAACAGCGACGAAACAGCGCCCCUCUGUUCGACGGCUGACCGGUGCUCGUUUGAGAAGUCCAUGUGCUACUGGACGCAAGACACUUCCGAUCAGUUCAACUGGCAGCGACAUCAAGGUCCCACAGCGUCGGUGAACACUGGCCCAACGCGCGACCACACAACAAACCUCAACAGUGGAUAUUACAUCUACGUCGAGUCGUCUGCGCCAAGGAAACGUAACGACAAGGCUCGAAUAAUCAGUCGAGCGAUCCUGCCGGCUAAAGCUACCGAUGGCUGCAUCUUCACUUUCUACUACCAUAUGUACGGUGUGGGAACGGGAACCCUCAGCGUCUAUACCCAAACACAGAGUGGAGGCUACAGGACACAAGUGUGGACAAAGUCCGGUAACAGAGGAGAUUUCUGGGAGCGAGCCUCGGUUCCUCUUUCCAGUACACAGACCUUCCAGAUAGUGAUAGAAGGUGUCCGAGGGACAUCAUUCAGCGGUGACAUAGCAGUGGAUGAUGUGAUCAUAGGUCCAAGUUGCAGGCUAGCCGGUGUCACCCUUCCCACAGCUCAGUAUCCACUCAGUACCACCCAGAGUGCCUGUACUGGCGGCGGCUUCCAGUGUACGAGUGAUAAGAAAUGUAUCCCGGCUUCCCGUGUGUGCGACUUCACCGCAGAUUGUGCAGACAAGUCAGAUGAAGCAGCUUGUGGUACUUGUACUUUUGAACCCACUGGUUCUUACUGUGGCUGGACGGACCGGAGUACUGGUAAAUACAACUGGACGGUGACAAGUGGACGUCAAGCAGGUUCCUCAGGCCUGCAGAAGGAUCACACCAAGCGAACUGCCGAUGGACACUACAUGUACGUAGAAGGAUCCAGAGGAGUCUUUUUCUCACAGGCAAUCAUACAGAGUCCAGCAAUGCCCACAACCUCGAGGUACUGCACUAUGUACUUCUGGUACAGCAUGAAUGGACCACACACAGGAACUCUCAAACUCAAUGGAAUAUUCAAUAAUGGUACAAUAAAGCCUCUGUUUGCAAAAUCAGGAUCUCAGCGCUUAGCUUGGAGGAGAGGCUAUGCAUAUUUGGGAUUGAGGAUGGGGUCUCCACAGAAAGGUUGGAAACUUCAGUUUGUGGCCUACCCAGCCAGAGGCUUUUCUCCAACUCAGACAAGUGACAUUGCCAUCGAUGACAUUUCGUUCAGCCGCUGCGACCCGAAAAUUUAUCCACCAAACAUUGCUUGCAAUUUUGAAAAAAAUCUCUGUUCAUGGCAGCAAGCUAAAGACGACGUGUUUGACUGGACAAGGAAGAUAGGACCUACAUCAACCAUGGGCACUGGCCCCGCAGCUGAUCACACCACAGGCAGGGGAUACUACUACUACAUAGAAACAUCAUACCCGCGAAGGAGGGGUGAUAUUGCCAGGCUGGACAGCCCUAAGCUGCCGCCAACACCUGCUUCUGGACACUGCCUCAAAUUCUGGUAUUACAUGUUCGGGGCAACGGUUGGAAAUUUGAGCAUCAAUAUCCAGACCCCAUCCAACUCCUCUGUUUUCUGGUCACGGUCAGGCUCACAGGGAGAUAAGUGGAUCCAGGGUUCAAGGACACUCGUAUCUAGUGAAGAGUAUGUGGUGUAUAUCGAGGCAGUUGUUGGGGGACCACUGGGAGAUAUUGCAAUUGAUGACCUGCAGGUUGUGACAGGGGCGUGUCCACCAGACAAGUCGUGCGAUUUUGAACAUGGACUUUGCUUGUGGAAGCAGUCGGUGCAGGACGAAUUCGACUGGACUAUUGGAAGUGGAUCCACAGCAUCACCAGGCACAGGUCCACAGUAUGAUCAUACCUUCGGAUCAAACACGGGACACUACGCAUUCAUCGAAACCUCUUCACCACGACGACAAGGAGAUAGAGCCAUCCUGAAUGGACCAGCGUACAAAGGUCGAAUAUUCAUGUUCAGCUGCAUGCAGUUCUGGUACCACAUGAACGGUGCAAAUGUCGGAUCCCUAAAUGUGUAUCUGAAAAGUAACGGCAGUUUGAGAAGAGAGCUAUGGACUAGAGCACACAGUCAAGGUAAUAUGUGGAGACUAGCCAAAGUGGCCGUCAGACCUCAAAGAACAUCAUACAAUGUUCAGAUAGAAGCUGUAAGGGGCAAUGGACCAUUUGGAGACAUUGCUAUUGAUGACAUCACAUGGAAGAAUGGAUUUUGUCCACCUGAUGGAUAUUGCAAUUUUGAACAAGACACAUGUGGAUACAUCAACGUGAAAACAGGUGAUGAUUUUGAUUGGCUGAGAGACAAUGGCGGGACACCCACUCUGACGACGGGGCCGAAAGUAGACCACACCCGGGGAACAGCCAGUGGCUACUACAUGUACAUUGAAACAUCUGGCAACAACAGGAAGGCUGGAGAGAAAGCACAGCUCGUCAGCGAUCACCUCCAUGCUGUCAACAGUGGCUGCGUUCGCUUUUAUUACCACAUGUUCGGUGCUGGAGUGGGAACAUUAAACAUCUACACACAGACGUACGCAACAACUGGAGUAGGUCCACGAAAGCUUGUGUGGUCACUUUCUGGCAACCAAGGAAAUGUAUGGAAACAGGGUCAGGCUCAAGUGAGUUCGACAUCGGAUUACGUGGUGAUAUUUGAAGGCGUGUAUGGAGGAAACUAUACGGGCGAUAUCGCUAUUGAUGAUAUCGUCAUCACCAAAUACAGGUGCUUUGGCAUAACAACUUCGCCAAUGCCAACCACUGCACUCACCUCUCCUGCAACGUAUCCACGCACCGCUUUGUACUGUGACUUUGAGUUGGGAAUAUGCAACUGGAGACAAGAUACAUCAGACAAUUUCGACUGGACACGAAAGACAAGCAGCACGUCAUCUCAAGGAACAGGACCACUAGCUGACCACACAAAGGGAAAUAGCCAGGGACAUUACAUGUAUACAGAGGUGUCAGGAAGGAAUGCCAACGAUUCUGCAAGACUGAUCAGUCCAAAAUGGAGUAUUACUUCUAGGGGUGCAUGCUUUAAGUUCUGGUACUUCAUGUACGGGGCUAGUAUAAACAGACUGUCGGUGUAUGCUAGGAAUGCUGGGAGAGAUAUUCGAUUGUGGACAAGAGUGGGCGACCAGGGCCCUGAUUGGAAGUAUGCACAAAUACACCUUCAGAAAAUAAUUGGCAGUACAUCCAUUGUCAUAGAGGGAGUGACAGGUCCAAGUUUUGAUGGGGACAUUGCUAUAGAUGACAUCACCAUGAACGUUGACCAUUGUCCAGCACAGGUGAGCUGUGAUUUCCAGGAUGGGAUAUGUGGUUACACUCAAGACAUUUCGGACAAGUUUGACUGGACUCUGCAUUCAGGUAGGACAAGCAGUUCUGGCACAGGUCCCGUUAGUGACCACACGUUUGGGACAAGGGAAGGAAACUACAUGUACAUUGAAGCCUCUGCUCCCAGACGACCAAACGACAUAGCUCGCAUUGACAGUUCACAACAUGGCGCUACUCUAGGGUCAUGUCUUCAGUUUUGGUAUAACAUGAAUGGUCGUACAAUGGGCAGGCUUAAUGUGUACCUGAGGAAAAAUGGAAACCUAGGCCGGUCCAUAUGGAGUCAGGUUGGAAACCAAGGUGUUGACUGGCAUGUUUCUCAAGUGGAUAUUUCUAGUUCCCAGCCGUUUACAAUAACAUUUGAAGCAAUCAUUGGUUCAGGCUUCUCCAGCGACAUUGCUAUUGAUGAUAUCGUCUUGAAACCUACAAUGUGUCCAGUGGCUGGUAGCUGUGCCUUUGAACAAGAUUUCUGCACAUGGGUGAACAUUCAGAGCAAGGACAACUUCGAUUGGAUUAGGGCGAGAGGAAAUACCGUUACAGCUGGUACAGGCCCCAAACAAGACCACACACUCAACUCGAAGUUUGGCAAGUAUGCUCUGAUGGAGUCAUCGUCUCCUCGGAAAGCUGGAAAUAAAGCUUGGCUUGUGUCAUCCCCAUUUGAUAACAGAACACGAUGUCUCUCAUUCUGGUACAACAUGCACGGUUCUGGCAUGGGAUCUCUAAAUGUUAAAAUGUGGCCCAACUCGGGAGCCGUGAGUAAUGUUUUUUCAUUGAAUGGUGAUCAAGGAACUAGUUGGAAUAUGUCUCGUGUUACAGUUGGUGGAAAAGCUGGCGGCUACAGAAUUAUUCUUGAAGGUGUGGUAGGUUCCAACUAUCUGAGUGACAUAGCUAUUGAUGACGUAUCGAUUCAGAAUGGAAACUGCAACUCUAUACCAACACCCACACCCAUGCAACAGUGUGUUUUCCACUGUCCAAGCAAUGGGAAAUGUGUAUCAAGUUCUCAGAUGUGUGACUUUAAUUUUGAUUGUCCCAAUGCUGAAGAUGAAGCUAAUUGUGGUUAUGACUGCAACUUUGACAACACAACCUGCAAGUGGCAGGGCUAUGGCAGUGGCUCAUUUCAGUGGAUCCAUUAUAAAGGGGCAACUCCUGACUCCAACACUGGACCUUCAACUGACCACACAUCUUUCUCAACCAAUGGCUACUACAUGUUUGUUGAUGCCAGUAAUGGAAAUUCAAUGUCAAAGGCCGAGUACAGAAGUCCUGUCCUCCAGCAGUCAUCCUCAACAUGUCAGCUGACGUUCUGGUAUCACAUGUAUGGAACUGGAAUUGGACAGUUGGCUGUAACUCAACAGGAAGGAACCGCAGCACCAACUCGACUGUGGUAUGCUAGUGGUAAUCACGGAAACCGGUGGUAUCAGGCAAUAGUUCCGAUUGGAAGAAUGGCUAGACCUUUCCGGCUACUACUACAAGCGACAAGAACAUUUAACGUCUUAGGAGACAUUGCUAUUGAUGAUAUCUAUUUCCAACACUGUUCUCAGCCAACUACAAAAGAUUGCAGAGGAUCCACUGGACAGUUCACAUGCAACAGUAAAGCUUGUAUAUCAAAGAGUAGACUGUGUGACUACACAGAUGACUGUGGUGAUGGAUCUGAUGAACAGAACUCAACCUGCAAGAACUACAUGGGCUGCAACUUUGAGCAGGACCUUUGUCAGUGGUCUCAGAUGACAGAUGACAACUUUAACUGGAUACGAAAAGUAGGCUCUACACCUACGAUAAACACUGGACCAUCGAAGGACCACACACUCAACACAAGAUCAGGACAUUAUUUGUUCAUAGAAGCCUCAUCUCCAAGACAACUAGGAGAUAAAGCACGGAUUGUAAGCAUUGUCUUCCAGCCUUCAACAAGUGUGCCUUAUUGCACCAUGAGGAUGUACUAUAACAUGUAUGGAAAAGAUGUCGCCAGUCUGAGCAUUUAUAUGAGAACAGCAAUCAAUGGCGUCUUGAAGACUUUGUGGAAGAGGACUGGGGAGGUUGGAAAUUACUGGUCAAGAGUUGAAUUGCCUCUGUACUCUAAAGUACCCUUUCCAAGUUGUGAUUGAGGCAUCUGUGGGCCGAGGGUACAGAGGUGACAUUGCUAUUGAUGACAUCACGUUUACACCUCAGUGCCAGCUGUCAACCGUACCAUUUUCCACUGUU